AUGUCCCCGGCUCCGGCAUGAGGCCGGGCUGAGCGAUGUGCGAGCAGGCAGCGCGUUACUGCCGGGCCGGCGUGCAGAGGCUGCUGCGCAAGCCUCCGCCGGCGCUCCGCGGGCUGGACGGGCUGCUGCGCUGGGUGGUGGCCAGGAUGAGCGACAAGGGGGUCGCCGAGCGGGAGCUGCUCAGCCCGGGAGCCGCCGCCGCGCAGAGGAAGGGCACCUCCGUCAUCCUCGAUAUUUUCAGAAGAGCUGACAAAAAUGAUGAUGGGAAGCUGUCCCUGGAGGAGUUCCAGGCCUUUUUCUCUGACGGGACACUCAACGAAGAAGAACUUGAGAAGCUCUUUCAUACCAUUGACUCGGACAACACCAACAAUGUGGACACCAAGGAGCUGUGCGACUAUUUUGCUGACCAUAUGGGAGACUAUGAAGACGUCUUGGCCUCACUGGAGACGCUGAACCUCUCCAUCCUGAAGGCGAUGGACUACACCAAACGGGUGUACGAGAGCGGCAGCAACGUGGACCAGUUCGUGACCCGCUUCCUGCUGAAGGAGACGGCGAACCAGACCCAGUCGCUGCUGAGCUCUGUGGAGAGUGCCGUGGAUGCCAUCGAUGAGCAAACCAACCCCUCCAGGCACUACCCCAGCAAGGCUGGCCACGGUCUGAUGGACACCUGGUACGACAGCUCUGUGCCCAGCUACUCUCCCACCAGCUGGAUGGUCCCCAGGGAGCAUGGGAAGAGCUUCCAGACUGGGUCCCCCGACACCAAGGCGGAGGGGCUGGAGGGGCAGAUCAACAGGCUCGCCGAGCUGAUCGGCAGGCUGGAGGACAAGACUCUCUGGUUUGACCUGCACCAGCGGCUGUCGGACAGCGAGAGCACAGCUUGCACGUACCUCCUCCUGGUGCGGGAUGAGAUGACGGUGUCGCACAAGCAUCUGGGCGAGUUUUGCAGCUCCCUGAAGCAGUACCUGAAGAGCGUGGCCGGGGAGCAGGACUGCUUCCACGUCACCGCGGUGAAGCUGCCCGAUGGGGUCACCUUCAUCGUCUACGAGUUCUGGGAGACUGAGGAGGACUGGAAGAGGCACCUGCAGAGUGCCACCUGCAAGGGCUUCCAGCACGUCAAGGUGGACACGCUGAGCCAGCCCGAGGCCGUCUCCAGCGUGGCUGUGCCAGCUGCCUGGUGCACCCUGAGCAGCGAGUGAUCACUGCUGCCGGGGGCCCGCCAGCAUCCGUCCCCGCUGCGGGGUGGCCGUGACUCCCUGCGUGGCUGGGGCGGGUGGGAGUUGUCGGUGUGACCUGUCUGCAGUGAAGGAAACCCCUGUGUGUGUCCCCAGCAGCCCAUAGGAUCCCCCCUGCUGGCUACCCCAUCACCUGGGUCACCUCUCCCUGGAGUGAGGUGGUCUCGGGGGGGGGGGAGUUGGGGGGAGGUAGGGGGUGUCCCCCUGGGGUCUGCCACAGAGCAGCUGGCAGGGUUUGGCGGGGGGGGGGCAUCCCCCAGGCAUGGGCAGGCAGGGAGUGGGGGAGGCAGGGUGCAGGCAGCCAGGUGAUGGGGAGGGGGCAAGGCAGGGGUAGGGAGCCAGUGAUGAGGAACAGGGGUGGGAGUGGGAGGCUGGAGCCCCCCUGGGGUGGGUAAGUUGGGGGGGUCCCUGCUAGUCCCCAGGGCCACCCAGGGAGGGGGCUAGGGGGGGUGAGACUGUGCCUGGAGCAGUGUCUGUGUGCCUACAGGAACGGGGACCCCUGUCCCUGGGUGGGGGGGAGUUCAGGGUGGCAAAGGGAGGGUAGCCCUGCUCCUGGGGUGCCUUUUAGUCCUGCGGGGUGUGGGUGGUCCCGAGGGGUUUCCUUUGCAUUUGUGUGUGUGGUGGCAGCAGGUGCUUGCAGGUGUGGGGGUGCCUGCCCCCCCCCCCCCCCGGGGUCUGUAUGUCUGUCUGUGGUCUGUCUGUGCAUGUGCAGCGCUCGCUGCCCAUCCUGCCCCCACCCUGCCGUGUGUGGGGAUCCCUCAGGGUGCAUGGCGCAGGGCCCUCGCCGAUACCCUGUCCCAUCUUUAUUAGCCGCUGUACAACGGGGACGGUGAUGCCAAAUAAAACUGUGAUGGGAUCCAGCA